GUGGCGCGCGGAGGGCCGGGAAUGCCCGCGGCGCAGGGCCCCAGAGCUGCCCGGUGGCCGCGUCCGGGCAAUGGCCCUCCGUCUGGUCUCCGACUUCGAUCUCGGGAAGGACGUGCUCCCGUGGCUGCGGGCACAGCGGGCGGCGUUAGUGGCCGCUGGGGCCGGAGGCGGCGGCCCAGGUGUUUUAGAAAACAAUUAUGAGAGCUUACGUGUACUAAAUGUUGAAAGAAAUGGAAAUAUUAUUUAUACCUAUAAGGAUGAUAAGGGAAAUGUCUUCUUUGGAUUGUAUGAUUACCAAACCAAACAAAAUGAGCAUCUCUAUACAUUUGAGAAAGACUUGCAAGUUGUCAGUUGCUCGGUCAACAGGGAGAGAACUUUGUUGGCCACAAGUUUAGUUCAAGCUGCUAAAGAAGGAAGAAGGAAUGAGCUUCAACCAGGUUCAAGGUGCUUAACUUUGUUGGUCGAGAUCCACCCCAUUAACAAUGUGAAAGUUCUAAAAGCAGUGGAUAGCUAUAUUUGGGUACAGUUCCUCUACCCACAUGUUGAAAGUCACCCUCUACCAGAGAAUCAUCUGCUACUGAUUUCAGAAGAGAAAUAUAUUGAACAACUUCAUAUCCAAGUUACCCGAGAAGAUGGAAAUAGAGUGGUAAUUAAAAAUUCUGGCCAUCUCCCAAGAGAGAGAGUAGCCGAAGAUUUUGUUUGGGCUCAGUGGGAUAUGUCAGAGCAGAGAUUAUACUACAUUGAUCUGAAGAAAUCGAGGAGUGUCUUAAAAUGCAUCCAGUUUUAUGCUGAUGAGCACUUUAGCUUAAUGUUUGAAGCACCCUUGGACGUAUCAUUAAGUGAUUCAGGAUUCAAACUUGUCAACUUUGGAUAUGAUGAUCUUCAAGACCAAGAGAAAUUAUCCAAACACCCAACCUUGUGUGUUUUUACCAACCAUACAGGAAGUUUGUGUGUAUGUUACUGCCCGAACUUUGACUCUUGGGAACAAAUCACGUAUUCAGUGCUUUACUUUCAUAAAGGGCACAGCAAGACCUUCACUGCUACUCUUGGGCAUGUUGACUCACGUGUGACAAAGGGCAUUACUUUUCUCAGCCUUGACUAUUAUGUGGCUGUUUACUUACCUGGUCAUUUCUUUCAUCUACUUAACAUUCAACAUCCAGACCUGAUCUGCCACAGUCUGUUUCUGACAGGAAACAGUGAAGUGAUUGAUAUGCUACCUCAUAGUCCUUUACAGUCACUGUCAGGACCCCUGGUCCUGGAUUGGUGUUCCGGAAAGCUCUAUAGGGCGCUCCUCAACCAGUCAUACUUACUGGAGUUCCUGUGGAACACCCGGCUGGACUGCGAGAAGCUGGCCUUGUUGCAAUGUGUGCUCUCAUGUGGCCGAGACCCACGGCGACUGGAAGCCAAGAUUAUUCAAUGGAUUUCUGAGAACAUCUCUGCCUGCCAUUCAUUUGACCUCAUUCAGGAAUUUAUAAUUGCUUCUUCAUAUUGGAGCAUCUAUCCAGAGACAAGUAACAUGGAUAAACUCUUGCCAUACUCCUCACUGCUCACUUGGGAUACAGAAAUUCCUGGAAUAACCCUUGUGACAGAAGAGAUUCCAUUGCCUCUUAUGAAGGUGCAUAGCUUUAAGGGCUACUGGGAAAAACUGAACUCCAACCUGGAAUAUGUUAAGUACUCCAAGCCACACUUACACUAUAACAACAGCGUGGUCAGGAGAGAGUGGCACAGCCUGAUCUCGGAAGAGAAAAAAGGAAAAAGAAGGUCCACGGUGUAUGUGAGAAAUAUUCUUGAUAAUGCAAUAAAGGUGAUUUCUAACCUAGAAGCAAGGAAUUUGGAGCCAAGAUUAACACCCCUCUUCCAGGAGGAAGACAACCACCAGCGGCUGCUUAUGGGGCUGAUGGUGUCUGAGCUAAAAGACCAUCUUUUGAGACAUCUACAGGGUGUAGAAAAGAAGAAAAUUGAACAGAUGGUUCUGGACUACGUUUCAAAACUGCUGGAUCUCAUUUGCCAAAUACUGGAAGCCAGUUGGAGGAAACAUAAUCUUCAUCCCUGGGUUCUCCACCUCAAUAGACGGGCGAGUGCUGCUGAAUUUGCGGUCUUCCACAUCAUGACCAGGAUUUUGGAAGCUACUAACAGUUUGUUUUUACCUCUGCCUCCUGGUUUUCACACUCUGCACACGAUCCUUGGCGUCCACUGUCUGCCUUUGCAUAACCUGCUGCAUUACAUUGAUAACGGAGUGUUGCUUCUCACAGAAGCAGCUGUCACAAGGCUCAUGAAAGAUCUGGACAAUACAGAGAAAAAUGAAAAAGUAAAGUUCAGCAUCAUUGUGCGGCUUCCUCCGCUUACAGGUCAGAAGAUCUGUCGACUUUGGGAUCAUCCUGUGAGUUCUAACAUUAUUUCCCGGAACCAUGUAAAGCGACUGCUUCAGAACUAUAACAAACAGCCCCGGAGUUCUAUGAUGGACAAGUCAUCAUUCAGUGUAGAAUUUCUGCCUCUGAACUACUUCAUUGAAAUACUGACAGAUAUUGAGUCCUCCAAUCCAGCUCUGUAUGCUUUUGAAGGACAUGACAACGUGGACGCAAAAUUUGUAGAGGAAGCAGCUCUGAAACACACCACAAUGCUUUUAGGCUUAUAAAAGAGAAAAUGCAGUUAUAUCAGCUUCCAGUAUUUUUAUCUUGCUCAUUAGCUCUACUUCCGUUGAGAAUUCUUUAGCAAUAUUUUAAACUGGUAACCAAAAUCAGAAUACAUUGUUGAGCCAUCUGAAUUUCAGUUUGGUACUUUGUUCAGACAGAACUAGACAGUCAAGUGUAGAGAAAUGACAACCAGUCCAAGGGGGCAUGCAAUGGCAUAAAUAAUGCUCUUCCUAGUGGCUGAUCUUCCUAGUGCUUUCAUAGGCCAAAAGCUAGUUUCUAUUAUACUCUGAAAUAAAAUAUACUUUAAAAAUGUAGGAACAGUGCUUAGAAAAACAAAAAUUAGCUGUGUCACUGAAAAUAGCAUAUGACAAGCAGAAAAAUUACAAGUUGCAGAAAAACUCUAUUUGGAAAUUAGAUACUUUUUAAAAAACUGAAUUUGGACUAAGUCACAUCUGCUAAUUCUAGUAGGGAAUAAUUUGUAAAAUACAACAGUUUAUACAUACAUAGAGUAGGAUUUGUCUUCGUGCACAUUCAGAUGGAACUGUAUUUAAUAUUGUAAAGUUAUUUUUAUAAAAGUUUGAUUUAGUAAUAUCUUGUCAUUUAAAAAAACACUGAAAGUUUUAGCCUAACUCCUUUGUUCUUUGAACAUAGCCUUUUAUUCCCACCAAGAAUCAUGACUCCAUGAACAUGUUCACCCAAAGACCCCCAUGACAUCUAACGAGUUCUCCCACUUUUCUUUUUUUCUCCCUCUCUCUUCUACAGUGACGUUCUGACCAUAAAUACAGUUGCUUCCUGGGGUAAGCCCAAAACCCUUUGCUUUCCUAUCUUCACACCGUUUCCCUCAGUGAACUUGUGAAAUUUUAAAGAUUACAAAUAUCACUAGCCAGCAUAAUAAUUCAGCUUUUCUAAAAUCAUCAUUAUAUUCUAAAAAUUAUCCUCUCCUACAGAAUUUCCCAUUUAGGCCAAAUAUUUCAUGGUCACUGAAGCUCAAAGUCUUGGAGCCAUAUCAGCAAGGCGGUGCUGGUUUUUCCUCUUGAUAAGGUCAUUAUUUUUCAUUCCCUACGCUUUCCUCUUCACACCUGGGUUGUUUCUGUUGCUUUCUGAAGUCUAAUUCAUCCGAUGCAUAUUUGAGAUAAACAGUAGUUUGAUCCUGUCACCCCUCUGCUCAUAAUCCUUCAGUCGCUUGCCAUUUAUUACAGGAUAAAAUCCAAACUCUUUGACAUUCAAGAUCUCCCAAAUUCUGGCCUUAUACACUUCCCCAGUACGAACGUUCUGUUCCAACCAGCCUCGCUCACUGGGCCUUGAACAGAACUUCUGUCUUCUUACUUCCAAGUCUUGCUCAGGCGAUUUCCCCCUCCUGGAAUCCCCUCCACUUAUUAAAAUCUUAUUUAUGCUUAAGGGCCAGAUAAAAAGUUCCAUCUGACUGUGCUCCCUGGCCAUUCCAGUGCACAUUGGCAUCUCACCCUCUGGACCAGUAGCACACGUUGUAAUAUUUAAGCGUCCAAACCUUUGUAAUUUUUAAAAAUUAUUUUUCCUUCCUAUGUAUUUAAACUUCCUAUGUGUUUAUUUUUUGAAUCCCUAAUUACUGAUCCUACAACACAGCAACUGUGUGUAAGUAUGCAGUAUUUCUUUGCAUUAAGCACACAGCUUAUACAGCGUUACUUGUUACAGGCUCUCUCAAGGAAUUGCUUUUUAAUGACUUCACAAAGCAGUCAGGUUAGAUUCAGGACUCCUAGACUGAGAAUGAGAUUCAAUUUCCCUCCAUUCUGUCAGGGUGGGGGCUUGGAACAGAUUUUGUUUGAUUUAGCAAAAUAAAUGAAUGUGAUAUUUCUCACUCCCAGAGUCGUGAAAUGAAAUUCAUAACUGAUAACAAUAUGAAAUAACAAUAGUUUGAGCAUGUUAAUGAAUGUAAAAUCACCGGUUUCAAAUCUACUUUUAUAUUUUUAUGUGAGAAACUAAACAGAAUUAGCAAAACAUACUUGGGUGAAAUACAAUAAUAUUAGAGUAAUGAAAUCAGUGGAACUGGCCUCAUUUUCUCUUUCACAUGCAAAAUUAUAAAUAUCUUCAUUGAAAUUUUGAAAAAUCUGGUAUCAGAACAAAGUAAUCACAAGUGUAUUUGCAUAUAACAUUGUGGAAAAUCUAGAUUUAUAAGAAAGAUAAAUUAGGGCAUAAUUGUUUUUGCCCAAAAGGAUUCUUUAUUUGUAAAAAGAAUCACUAUAACAUCACUUUUAAAAAGACAAGCUUCCCUACUGCUUUUCACUCAGUUUAGUUUUACUCACAUCAACUUGCAAUGCAACUAUUUAUUUAACCAAGUGAGUUAUGCCCCUGCAAUACUUGGGCUAU